GCAGCGGGGACAACGACGCCGACGACUCCGACUUGGAGGGGCGGCCCCCCGCCUAGCCCGCCCUGCGCGACCCCCUCGCCCCCCUCGCCGGGCCUGAGGCGGCGGCGGCGGCGCCGGAGGAGGAUGUCGGAGGAGCCCGACGCGGACAGGAUGAUCAAGGAAACUUCUAUUUUAGAAGAGUACCACAUUAAUUGGACUCAGAAGCUGGGAGCUGGAAUCAGUGGCCCAGUAAGAGUCUGCAUGAAAAAAUCGUCUCAAGAACGGUUUGCACUGAAAAUCCUCCUUGAUCGCCCAAAAGCGAGAAAUGAGGUCCGACUGCACAUGAUGUGUGCGGCACAUCCCAACAUUGUCCAGAUUAUUGAAGUCUACGCGAACAGUGUACAGUUCCCCCAUGAGUCCAGCCCACGGUCUCGGCUCCUAAUUGUAAUGGAGAUGAUGGAAGGGGGUGAACUGUUUCACAGAAUCAGCCAACAUCGGCACUUUACUGAGAAGCAAGCAAGCGAAGUAACAAAGCAGGCAACUUUGGCUUUGCAGCAUUGCCAUUCUCUGAACAUUGCCCAUCGAGACCUCAAACCCGAGAAUCUCCUUUUCAAGGAUAACUCUUUGGAUGCCCCUGUGAAGCUGUGUGACUUUGGGUUUGCCAAGAUAGACCAAGGUGACUUGAUGACCCCACAGUUCACUCCUUAUUAUGUAGCACCUCAGGUACUAGAGGCACAAAGGAGGCAUCAGAAAGAAAAGUGUGGUAUCAUCCCUACCUCACCAACCCCGUACACAUACAACAAGAGCUGUGACUUAUGGUCCCUGGGUGUCAUCAUUUAUGUGAUGCUGUGUGGGUACCCACCUUUUUACUCUAAGCAUCACAGUCGGACAAUUCCGAAGGACAUGAGGAAGAAGAUCAUGACAGGGAGCUUUGAGUUCCCGGAGGAAGAAUGGAGCCAGAUCUCCGAAAUGGCAAAAGACAUUGUGCGCAAGCUGCUGAAGGUGAAGCCCGAGGAGCGACUGACGAUAGAAGGCGUUCUGGAUCACCCCUGGCUCAACUCAACAGAGGCGCUUGAUAACAUUCUGCCUUCCGCCCAGCUAAUGAUGGACAAGGCCAUGGUUGCUGGGAUCCAGCAGGCACAUGCAGAGCAACUGGCAAACAUGAGAAUACAGGAUCUCAAAGUCAGCCUCAAGCCCCUGCAUUCGGUCAACAACCCAAUUCUGCGCAAAAGGAAACUGCUGGGCACGAAACCGAAGGAUAGCGUGUAUAUCCACGAUCCUGAGAACAGCAGCAAGGACUCCAACGUUGCUCUGGAGAAGCUCCGGGAUGUGAUUGCUCAGUGCAUCCUGCCACAGGCUGGUAAAGGAGAAAAUGAAGAUGAGAAACUGAACGAAGUGAUGCAGGAAGCCUGGAAGUAUAACAGGGAGUGUAAAUUACUAAGAGACACCCUCCAGACUUUUAGCUGGAACGGUAGAGGAUUCACAGACAAAGUGGACCGGCUAAAACUGGCAGAAAUAGUGAAACAAGUCAUUGAAGAACAGACGACCUCCCAUGAGUCGCAGUAGUUGGAGCUGCUUGUUUUUACCAAAUAACACGUACUCUCACCCUUUUUUUUAAAGGCCAUUUUGUGAAUUAUCUGUUCGAGCAGCUUUGCCCAGCCAGGCGCCUUCCAAAUGUUCUGGUUUGGGAUGAUAACGGUGGAAAAGCACCCAGUUGGGCAAGCCUGCUCUAAACUGUAAAAAGUAUUUUUAUGUAAAUUAAUAAGUCAUAAUUAUUUCAUUAAAUUUCCACGCAGCUUGAGAAAUGCUGUAUAGAUGUAGAUAAUGAGAAUCAUUGGUACUGUAAUAUUUUUUUAAAAAACUCAGUUCCUCAAAAUUAUAUAUAUAUAUAUAUAUUAUAUAUAUAUUACAUGAUUUUUACGUACCACUUCAUUCAUGACUUCAAAUGGGGCAAAUGAUCAAUUGUGUUAUCCUGCGUAUCCAGAUGAGACAGUGUCUCUCCAGCUGCCUGACACCAAUGAUGUACCAGCUCGUUUCUGUUGGCAUCUGUUGGCCUUCAGCUCAAUAAAUUACUUGAAGAAAUCAGCCAGAGAUUUAUGAGCUGCUCAGCUGCCUGGUAAUUUCUUUCAAGGCAGCCAUGUGAAAAGUGAGCGCAUCUUGUGAUUGCUAAAAAAAAAAAGUGUUUCCAGGUCUCGAGGCCAUCUUCCUCGAGCAAAGGGUUGCAGCUAACCCUGUUUCUAGUUUUCUCUCUGGCAGCACAUUUGUUUUUUAAGCCAGGCCUGGGGACAGUCCUGCAGAAUGGCUUGGGAACGGCGGCCUGUGCCCUGUCGCCGCUGAAGAGCCAAUUCAAGGAUAGACGUGGGCUUCUCAACUGCCCCCCCCAUAGUUUGCUGUCUCUGGGGCGAUGGGUUCCUUUCUCCCUGAGCCACAUCACCUCACCUGGCUUCCUUGCUGUAUUCUGUUUUGGCUUUUCAGGCUCAUCCCUCAAACGCUGUCUUGCCCAUCUCAUGGACUUUGUGCCUGACAGCCACCGGCUUCGUUCUUGCUGUUUUCAGUGAGAACCGUUUGAUGGGAAGGCAUGGAAGUGUCUGACUCUUAGUUUGGGUUUUUGCUCUUCAGUUUUUAACAGGAAGCACAGGAAGAUUAUGCUGUCAGGAGGGCUGUAAGGGCUCAACCACAACCGGACAGCUGCAGCCUUUGUCUGUGGCUAGUUCAGUUGAUCUACGCAGGCCGUGCAUCUGGUCUGCAGAUAUCCAAAGAGCGCACGCUGAGAAACGGGUUAGGGAGGCUUUCUCUGGAGAUACCCAUAAGCAUAAAGGACGCCAUGCCAGAAAAGGAGAGAGCAUUUUAAUCUGGGGGAACAGAGCCCUCUGCCAGCAAAAAGCUGCAGAAGUAGGAAGAUGUUUUUCAUGCUCUGCAGAAGACCAAAGUGAGGUGAAUCGUAGCACCAGCUUGUUAAUAAUUGCCUGCUGCGAUUGAUUUCUUCAGUCAGUUAAGCAGAACGCUACGAUCCUUUUGUAGACACAGUUUUCCCACCAAGGAUGCCCAUGAGGUGGCAUUCUGUUUUUCUACAGCGACUGGCAUUCAUAGUCUUGAAAGUAUUUAAUACGCCUUUUCUCUGAGGCUUCUGUUUCUUGGUUUUCUCCAGCUUAGGGGAAGUUUUUAAGGGAUGCACUUUGGCUGGUGUGAACAGCUGACCACAGAAGCUGUGUGGUCCUUUUUGUGGAAGUAUGCUCCGAAAGGCAUGCUUGCCCUCACGUUAGUUUCCCCGGCCGGUCGUCCCCCAGCCGAGGAAGGAUUGGAACUCCCCGGUAUUCCCUGGUGGUCUCUGCUUUCAGUGGGAAGCGGCUGGACCCAGCCAGAGCAGCUCCCAGAAGACCCCAUUUGUCUUGCUGAGACGGCCUCCAGACCAGUUUCGUCUUUUGGAAGAUUACAGGGAAUCCAAGGCUGCCAUGACCAAUUGAGGCUGAAGAUCAAAUACUUACUUGGUUUUAUUUAAUUUUUGUUUGACUAGUGUGGGGUGGUGUUUUGUUUUGGGUUCUUUUUUUUUUAGAUUAAAUAUUUUUACUUCUCUCUUUCCCUGCCACCCUCAUUCGUUUGAUCUUGGCUCAGUGGCUGGGCUCUUUUGACCAAUUAACCGUUGUACGUGCUGUAUGUUCCACUGAUCCUACAAGAAAGUGUGCCCUGGACUGCCAUCUUGAAAGGAACAAGUCUAGGCAGUCAAAAGUCUCUCUCUCCCCCCUAACAACAUCGACAGUUCAAGAUGCCUAAAUCAAUUGUGCAUGUGUCAGUAGCUCUGCAAAUCGCUUCUGAGAGGUACCCAACUCAGUUUUUGCUGUCUGCUGAAGUGAACUGAACAAGCUCCACAUGGGGUAAAGAGAAAUCUUCACAUGGGAUGGGAAUUAUCUGCCCUAGCAGCUGUUCUGUGGAAUGCAGCAGGAAGCAAACGGAUGGAAGUCAGGCCCCCUGAACUGCUGGUUCUGACUGUGCGCUCUAGAUCCACCCUUGCAUUAGUUCUGCAUGAUGCUGUAAAUACAUUAGCUUUCCCCAACAUGAACUCCUCCAGAUGCUUUGGGACUACAGCUGUCAUCACUGGGGGUUGGGCAUGGUCCUGGAGAUGGAUUUUACUGGGGUUUCCUUGCAAAGCUUUUCAUACGCAUCUCCCCCAUCCUAAUUUUUUCUUGUACCUUUGGGAGGAAAAGUCAGCCUUCUGAUUACAAUGGGCAAAAUCCCUAGAGAUGAUUGAUGAUCCCUAGAGACGUGGUCCACGAGAAUAUGUUCCGAGGCCGGGAAUGGCGUUGCGCGUGUACAUUUUUGGCCACCCUGUAGCCGACAUUCAGCGGUUAGGUUCAGUCUUGCCUUCCCCAUCGUUUUGCUUUCCUCCCUUUUAUGGCCAUUUUGCUGUACCACGGUUUUGUUUUUCGAAUCCGUAUUAAAUGAAUGUAAAUAUUAUGCAUUGGUGUACAUAAAAUAAUUUUACUAAAAUUUAUCAAAGUUUC